AUGGCGAAUAUUUUCCCCCUCAUGCCUGCCAAUGCAAAGGUCCCGACCCCGCCUACGCAUGCGUCUAGUUCAGGAGGAAACAACGCACCUUCGAUAUCGAUUCUCACAACCGGCGUGCCCCCACCACUUGGAUCCCCGGGAUCUCGGGCUCGUCAGCAUCGCCGACCAGCGCUUCAACGCCAUACGACUAAUUCACCGACCAUGCUUGGUCAAGCGCCUACUGUGACUGAAACGGGCGUUUCUCCCCAUUCUCAAACCCCUGCAAAUAACCCGACUCAGAGCGUACCCACGCCCCCCGCGACUGUGAUCGAGUCUCCGCAAGUCAAAUCACAUACUCCACCAGCACCUGUUGCCUCCCCGCGAACUCUACGCAAAUCGAAAGGCGCUGCAUCCCCGGGAGCAGUUUUUGGUGGAUUGAUCGAUGGCACCGUUCCACCAAUCAAUGUGCUCAUUGUGGAGGACAACAUCAUCAACCAAAAAUUGUUAGAAGCUUUCAUGAAACGCCUCAGCGUGCGAUGGAAGUGCGCAGCCAACGGCGAGGAGGCUGUACGAAAAUGGCGCCAAGGUGGAUUUCACUUGGUCCUUAUGGAUAUCCAGCUGCCUGUCAUGAACGGCUUGGAUGCCACCAAGGAGAUCCGUCGGCUGGAGCGACUCAAUGGAAUUGGCGUUUUCCCUAAAACGGCAUCUGGUCGUUCUAGUGCAUCAAGCGCUACUUCCGAGAAGCGGCCUGGACUUUAUCGCUCCGUUAGCGAAGAAGAUACUUUGAAUGAUUUGUCGCUGUUCAGGAGUCCUGUGAUUAUUGUUGCAUUGACAGCUAGCAGUUUGCAAAGUGAUCGUCACGAGGCAUUGGCUGCUGGCUGCAAUGAUUUCUUGACCAAGCCUGUGGGUUUCCCAUGGCUCUCACAAAAAGUGACAGAGUGGGGCUGCAUGCAAGCCCUGAUCGACUUUGAAGGUUGGCGCAAAUGGCGUGGUUUUAUGGACUCUCCCCGGAACAUGUCUCCCAACUUUGAUAGUGCAGCCAGCCCUAUGCAAACCGGCGCUCGCGAUUCCCAGAAGCAAGCAGAAGCACCAUCACCGACAAUAACCCGCACCAAGUCCAAAGUGAAAGGCAUUAAGAGGCCUACUCUGCCUGAAGCCGCCGAAGUACUAAGAGAGGAUUCAUGGGGGAGUGGAAGUGGCGAUACCGGCGACUCUCUCACGAGUGCCGACGUAACACCAGCAGAAGCGGAGCAGCCUUCUGAGUCCUCUGCUCCAUCGCCGGAGCAGUGA